UUCAAACCGACAACAUGUUUUGGAUUUUAUAUUUGUUUAUUUUCAUUGAAUUUGUAUCAUCAACAAAACUUGCACCAACACUUGGUGAACAAAUUCUUCGUCGUUCACAGAAUGCCGGGACAAAAGUUGGGAUUACUUGUUUUAUUCAAGAUGGCCAAAAACCAAUUGUUUUCGAAUGGUUUAAGAAUGAUGAAUUGAUUCUUGCUAAUCAUCAUCAUCAUAAAUAUCAAAUUGAUUCGGAUUAUGAUACAUCUCAUCUUACCAUAGCUAAUCUUGACCAAACUGAUGCUGCUAAUUAUUCAUGUAAAGUUCGUAAUGAUCAUGGAUUUGAUAGUCAAACAACCAAUCUAAUUGUUAAAGGUUUGAGUUUUUUUCCACGUUUAAAACGAAUUCAAUUUCUGUUGAUCAAAAUGUCUUAUCUGAAAUAUUUUUUACUUUUGUGUUGUUUAAAAUUCCAGUUGAUUUGGGCUAAUUCACCCAAACUGAACCAAUUUUUAUCUAAUCAUAGUCAAAAGAAUGGAACAAAAUUUGCAUUAUUUUGUUUGGUUCAAGAUGGUCAGAAACCAUUCAUUUUUGAAUGGCGAUUCAAUGAUCAACUCUUGAAAUUCUCACCAGAUUAUCGCAUCGAUACAUUCAAUGAUGACCAAUCUCAAUUAACCAUUGCGAAACUUAAUCCAAAACAUUCCGGAACCUAUUCAUGCAUUGCACGUAAUGAUUUUGGUUUCGACAAACAAUCCACCCAUCUUAUAGUUACAGGUUUGCGAAUUUUCAUUGUCUAA